CGCUGAUCGCAGCGCGCCAUUGGCCGCUGUCUGCGCGCACGUCACGAUCAUGAUGAGAAUUAAUGAUCGGGGCCGCUGAUUUCAUUGUGUGACGCCGGGACCGACCCAGCCGAGCCCGUCCGAGCCCGGAGCCCCCGCGCCGGCCCCGCGCUGCACGUGCCAAUGUGUUGCCAACCAGCUGGACACCCGGCUUCCCCAAAGCUCACAUGCAUGUUUGCUAAGCUUGGCAAGUCAAGAUCAAAAUGAAAUUAUGAUAAAAAUCCAUGUGGAUUUCUAACUUGGAGUCUGAGGUUCAAGACAAAGAUGAAUCUGCGCUCUGUAUUUACUGUAGAACAACAAAGGAUAUUGCAGCGUUAUUAUGAAAAUGGAAUGACAAAUCAAAGUAAAAAUUGCUUUCAGCUCAUAUUACAGUGUGCACAAGAAACAAAACUGGACUUCAGUGUGGUCAGGACGUGGGUUGGCAAUAAGAGGAGGAAGAUGAGCAGCAAGAGCGCGGUGGAAUCCGGAGGGACCCCCCCGGGGACGGCCCCUGCCACUCCCUCGGUGCCCCCAGAAGCGGCCGUUCGGAACGUGGUCAACAUUGCCCGAUCCCACAGCCAGCAAUCCUCCUGGAGCUCCUCGAAUAAUGACGUGAUAGUGACUGGGAUUUACAGCCCUGCCAGCUCCUCGGGCAGGCAGGGCUCCACCAAACACACCAACGCUUCCGUGGCCGAGAUGCACAAAACCUCCAUCCCGAGGCUCCCAGGGAAAGGCAGCGCAGAGUUCCAGCAGCAGCACAUCCCUCUAGGACGACAAGUGCCACACUGUAAAAAUGCUUCCCUAUUGGUAGGGGAAAAGACCAUUAUUUUAUCCAGGCAGACGAGUGUGGUCAAUUCUGCAAACUCCAUUUACAGCCACACGAAGAAAAGCUACGGCGGCUCCUCGGUGCAGACGGCGGAGCUGGUGUUACCUCAGAAACCCAUGAUAUGCCACAGGCCCUGCAAGGCUGAGCCCGUGGGCUGUCACAGGUUACAUAAACCGGAGCACGUGGCUCUGGCAUCGCACGUGCCCCACGGGCAGAGGGCUCACCCCAGGGACCCUGCCUGCAGCACCCAGAACCUGGAGAUCCGCGAGGUGUUCUCCCUGGCGGUGACGGACCAGCCGCAGAGGAUGGUGGCGGGAAGCACAACGCAGAAACAUUCCUCUCUGGAGGGCAGCUGCCUGUCCAUCGCCAUGGAGACGGGGGACGUGGAGGACGAGUACGCCAGGGAGGAGGAGCUGGCAUCCAUGGGAGCACAAAUCCAGAGCUACUCCAGAUACUGUGAGAGCAGCAGCUCUGCCCGCGUGGAGAACCAAAGCGCAGCCGUGCCGGGGCCGGGCCGCAGCGGGGGCUGUGGGGCACAGGGGGGCAGUGCCAGGGACCUGCCUGACGGUGUCCUCUACCACAGCAGAGAUUACCACCUGCCUGCACGGACCUCACUGCACACCACAGCCAGCACAAUGUACAGCAGUGCUCAUGCAGCCAGGAGUACCUUUUCUCCUCAUUUCACAUCUUCAAGUCAACUGAGGCUGUCACAAAACCAAAAUAAUUACCAGAUUUCAGGAAACCUUACUGUGCCUUGGAUUACAGGUUGUUCCAGAAAAAGAGCAUUACAGGACCGCACACAGUUCAGUGACCGAGACUUAGCCACCCUCAAGAAAUACUGGGACAAUGGCAUGACCAGCCUGGGCUCAGUCUGCAGAGAGAAAAUUGAAGCUGUGGCUGCAGAAUUAAAUGUUGACUGUGAAAUAGUGCGGACUUGGAUUGGGAAUCGAAGACGGAAAUAUCGUUUAAUGGGGAUUGAGGUCCCACCCCCUAGAGGAGGUCCUGCUGAUUUCUCUGAUCAAUCUGAAUUUGUUUCUAAAUCAGCACUUAAUCCAGGAGAGGAAACUGCUACUGAAGUGGGGGAUGAUAAUGAUAGGAAUGAUGAAGUGUCAAUCUGCUUAUCUGAAGGAAGCUCACAAGAAGAGACAAAUGAAGCUCUUCAAAAUGAAGAAAUUGGUCACAAAGAUGAUGACCAGAAUCCAGCUGCCACUGACAAUGUGAAAAUAGAAAUUAUAGAUGACGAGGAGAGUGAUAUGAUCAGUAAUUCUGAAGUGGAUCAGAUGAGUUCUCUCUUGGAUUAUAAGAAUGAAGAGGUCAGAUUCAUGGAGAGCCAGCUGGAGAACCACAAGCAGAAGUAUUUUGAACUGCAGACGUUCACCCGCAGUUUGAUACUGGCCAUUAAAUCAGAUGAUAAAGAACAGCAGCAGGCACUGCUUUCAGACUUACCUCCUGAACUAGAAGAAAUGGAUUUCAACCACACCUCCCCAGAGCCUGAUGAUACCUCAUUCAGCUUGUCCUCUUUGUCAGAGAAAAAUGCCUCAGACAGUUUGUGAUUUAUUUUUUUUAACUGACAAACCAGAACCCCCCCUGGGACGUGCAGGUUUCAGGAGAAGGGCAUUUUGCUCUCCAGUGUUUCCUCAGCCCAAAAACAAAAAGCAAGUCCAAGGUGAAGGAGCCUGUCCUGAAGGAUGGCUGGGCCACAGCCCAGCUGCAGUUUGCACUGGCAAGGAAUUUGGAAUGGUGGUUUUGCUAAAGGAGAGAACUGGGUGAGAGAAGGUUUCACUUGUAGCAGUUUGGCCUUGGUUGGGAGAACUCCUGACUCUCCAGAGUAACUCUGGCUCUGUAGCAAAGUCUUUUCGAGCAGGGAUUUCUGAGUGGAAAACAAAUCCUUCAGCCUCACGUGCUCACCAGGCCUGUUUAUUAUAUUUUUCCCCAUUUUUACUCAGGUAGGUGGACUAAAAAUUGGGGGUCCCAAAUAAAAUAACGGGCUUUCUCUGAGUUGUGCUUGAACCCUUUGGAAAACCUGAAAUUAAACUAAAGUGUUUUUUGUUCUCUGACUUGAGAUUGUUGAAUCUUCCAUUUUCUGACCAAAAUAGCUGAAAAAACCUUGAAAGGCUAACUCAGAAAACUGAAUUAUUACCAGUAAAUUUUUAAUGUGAAGAAGCAGUGAUAAGUGUUGGAAGAAAUGAGAUGGAAAUGGGAGCCCUGAUACCUGCAGGGCAUGGCUUCCUGAUACAGUAGCAGUGGAGUUGGAUGUUUACAUUCUUUAGGGUUUUAGGAUUGUAGUCACAGUUUUGAUUUGUCAAAGCCUGAAUGCUGAAGUUCUGCUUAUUAUUUUAAGUAUGGGUUAUGUAUUUUGCCACAAACUCUGCUCCAUUUUACCAAGCCAGUCAGAAUUCCAGAGCUGUCAUUGCAUCCUGAAAGGUUUUCCAGUAUUUGGAACUCCAGGAUGAUCCUGGGUGAGGCUGUAGCUGCCUGCCCAUGGUAUUGAUGCUCUAACUGGAAUCUGAAUCCCUCAGCAAGAAUUUUUCACACAGUCAGGUAAAAAACCAGAUCUUUCCAUUUUAUGCCAAAUAAUAAUUGACUUGGGGGAAUCCUUGUUCAUCCAGGAGAGCAAGUGAUUCCCUUAAUUUCAGUGGGAGGUCCAAGGUGUAGCUCAGAGAAUCCAGAGUGCUGGGGAAAUAACUCCUUUUUUUCCCUCCCCAAUACUGGGAUUAACUCAGAAUGUAGGGUUUUCUCAGUCUGAUCUGUUCCUCCCUAAUCACUUCUGCAGCUCUUUUUUGUUUAGUGCCAGUACUGAGCUCUGUUCUUUCAGGUUUUUUCUGGCUCUCUUGUCCUUGGGCAUGAGGAGCUUUUAGCAAUACUAUGAAAUACCAGCUGCAUAAAGGGUAGGGACAGUUUGAAAAGGUGUUUUACAAACCAAGUUUCACAGUUCUGACCAGUGUAUGAUUCUGGUAGUUCCUAACAGACCUCUGACCACACAACCUGCAGAGUAACCCCAGAAUUCCAAACUGCUGGGCCUGGAUGUGAGUGGGGCAUUAAAACUGGGAGUGGCACCCCAGGAGAGAGGGAAGGCCCCGUGUGAGCAGGAGGUGAGGGUGGAAUAUCCUGUCCUGGCUGGCAGACACGUCCUUGUGGCCUCACCCCAAGAGCAGCAGUGUCUGCCAGGCUGUGCCAGUGACCCCAGUCUAAAAUGAAGGUCUGUGGGCAGAGAUCACAGUGCUGUCCUUCCCAUGGAAGACACAGCUCAGCUGGAAUUCUGCUGGCUCUGAAAAACUCAUUUAUAAAGGGUUUUCUAUCCCAGGCUGACAAUGGUUUCUAUUGCUGUCCCCUCCAGACAGGAAAUCAGGGCCACUGACAACGAAGCCUCUUGUUUUCUGUGUUCUAGUACUGUCAUUUGCCACUGUUUGGACCCUGUUUUCCUGCUGCUUCCACUGAAAUUCCCAUGACAAAAGGCAGGAUACUCUUCAUGGGAGCUCUCGAUUUCUUGGUCAGUUAAGUCACCCACCUUUCUGCAAGAAAAGCUCCCGUUGAUGAUUCCCAUUUUGCUGUCUUGUUUCUAUUCCAUCUCCAAAUGGAAGGAAUGAAUUUUGAAUGAACUGCUGCAAUUAUGUCAAUCCCUUUGCUGGGGGAAGGUUGUUCUUUGGUCCUUUCUCCUGUAGGGAGACACCAAAAGCCCAGGGAGGCAGUGGUGCUUCCACAGCUGAGACACCUCACAACUUUACAGGAUGUUCAGGAGGGAAGAGUGUGAAUUCUGUCCCUGAUAACAGAAAGCAGUGGAGGAAGAUACUGUACAGCUCUUUGGCUGGUUUUUUUCACUGUUAGUGCGUAUUUUCAAAUUUUUAAUGACAUUUAAAUCCCAUUAGUGAUAUUAUAACUGUAGAUGGAAAGCAGUGGGGUGGCUCUGUGGGCCCCUGGCCUGGCAGGAUUUGGGAUCUGGUUGUUUCCCCAUCUGUAGGAUGAUAAUGAGAGCCCACAUUAAGGGCUAAUUUAUCAUUCCAUAGACUUUCCAUAACAAAUAAAGCCAAUACCAGGCUUUUUAGGGUGACAGAAAUCAGCCCCCUUUGCAUUUCAGUGAUUUCACUAAUCUGAGUAACCUCCACAGCAGAAGGGCCACGUGUCGAUGUUUUGCCACCCUGUGAAGUCUCUCAGUUAAUCUGCCCAUGAGCAGUGACUUCCCUGGUGUGCUUAUCCCUGCUGCAUCCGUGGGAACGUCAGUGAUGACGUGUGUGUGUCUGGAGCAGCCCAGGUGGGGAGAGGCAGCUCAGAGCAGAUGUUGAGCAGAGACAGGCCGGGCUCUCCUCGGGAGCGGAGUCUUUGAUGGGACAGGUUUGCUCCUGCUUCAAACCCUGUGUCCUGCAGCUCUGCCUCCCUCCCUUUCCCUGCUGCUGCCACUUCUGUGGGUGUGACAGGUGAGGAAUAGUAACUAGCAGGUACAUUUGGGGCAGGUUGAGGGUCCCCAAGGUACAUACAGGUGUCAGUUCUCUGCAGUGCUCGGUCCUCGAGGCACCGCUGCGCUUUCAUCUUUCCAAGGAUUUCCUUUCAUUAAGGCAAUAAAAAGUCCGAGAUAAGCAGAUCAUGAGCUUUGCAGCCCUUUGAGUGAGGGAAGGAAUGUACUGGUUCUGUCUUCAGCUUCAACUGGGAACAGCUUUAGCAAGUCCAUUCUCCAGACAGAGACAGAUGUGUCUGCUGUGCUCAUACGGGUGAAUAGAACAAAUCCACACCACCGUGGGCAUCCUGACUAUGGAAAUGGGAAUUACUGCUGCAAGUGGAUCCGCUCUCUCACUUGGGAUCUCUUGCACCACUGUAUCCCUGACACUGAGGGCAAACUCCUGCACAGCACUGACCUUCCCUCAGUGCUCCAGGCAGAGCAGACUGUUGGUUCAGGCUCCUGGGACUGGAAGGAAGGACAAGAAUAUGGAAGGACAAGAAUAUGCAAUAAGGGAAUAGCAGAGCAUACCUGAAACAGGAAGAAUCCAUACCUUGCUCCAACCCAAAAUUUGUUGUCCUCCCUCCAGUCCCUGCCCCACUCCCCCAGGCUGCUCUGAAGGACUGGCACAACUGGCAGGGCCAAAUCCUGCCUUUUCUGCCCCGAAUCAUCACGAGUGAGUGAGUUGUUUGGUUGUGAGGUCCCUGAGCAAAGUUAGGGGCUGGUCAGGGAGAAAACUCCAUCUGGUUCCCACAGAAAACAAGCUGGUUUGUGGUGGUUGAUUUCCCUACUCAAGUAAAUUUUAGCCCAUUGGCCAAAUGUGAAAUCUGAAAAGUUACGGGGGAAAAGCAGCAGCUGCUUUGGUCAGAAGACAGAUGGGGCAGAACCUUGGCCUUGUGGUGGUGGUUCUUUUUCAACAAAUCAGCAAACCCUCUUGGAUAAAAGAGGUGCUUAAGAAUGUUCCUGUAAGGAAAACAGGGCAGUGCUUUGGUUCUGGGAAUGUUUUGCUGUGUUACUGAAGGAAGUCAGUAAUUCUUUUGCAGCUCUGUAUUACAUUUUACACACUCUACCUCUGACACCACCCUUGAACCCGCACAGAAAAUGUGAACUUAAGCUUUUUUUUUUUUUUUUUAACCUUUUCUAGGCAAUAAACUAUUUCCAUCAUGGACCCUUCAGUUCUCUGCUUGCUUUUAGAUGAGUGUGAGACAUUCACUUGGUUUAUUUUAGUGCUGUUUUUCUGUAUUUGUCUUAAACCCAGUCAAUGGACAAGAAAAUACCGAAGGUGAGAUCUGAGGGAGGAAAGAUCAGCAGAUGUUGAGCGAGUGUUCAGCGAAAAUGAAUCAGUAGCAGGCUGAGGUUAAAUGUAGAUUUAGACCAUGUUUGUAGUUAAGUUUCAUCUUAAAAGAGUCCUUUUGAUUUUCCCCCUCACAUUUAUCUCCCAGAAAUAGAGGGGGAAGGUUGGAGGAUGGAGGAGGGAUGGGAGGGGAUGAGGCACGAGGAGGCAGAAAUGAAGGGCCUGGGGUUUAGGCAAGAAAAUUGAAGUAAACUGAAAAAUUUAAACUAAAGCUUUCACUUUAGCUGCAAAUUCUGUGAAUUACAGCUCAAAAAGUUAUGGGCAAAUCCACUGAGCUGUGUUGGGGAAAAAUUGUCUUCUCCAAUGGGAAUUUUAUAAUUUCUGUGGUUAUUUCUGGAAUUACUGAGUGUAUGUGGAUACACUGAUGCAGAUUGAUGAUGUGCACAGAUAUACUGAACUUGAUUAUAUUAACAUCUACAAAGGUAUUUUAACUUGAAAUAUUAAUGUGAUUCUUCUCAAAUAUAUUUGAUUUGCUCUUAUUUUUAUGUCUUACUCUAUAUGGAUUACAUAGUUCUGAAAAUGAGUCAAAUACAUCCAUAAAAAUAUGGUUUAAUGUUUAUCUCCUUUAAAAUCAGUAACUUUUAGGCUUGGGAAUUUAUGAAAAUGCCCAUAAUAAUGACAUUUUAAGUGAACUUGGCAAAUAAAACAAACUGCUGUAUUUAUGAAGAGAUAAUGAAUCUUCUGCCAUGAUAAUUCUUGCUUUAUUUUCACUUUAGGUGUCAGUUUGAUUUAAACAAACAAACAAACAACAACAACAACAACAAACUAUUCUGAAAGUUUAAAUAUUAUUGUAAAACUUGGAUGUUUUUCCUUAGCCUACAAAACAAUUGAUGAUUCUAAACCUGUUAUCAUUUCUUUCUGGGCCAAUUCCUUAAGCUUUGUGUAUUCCUGAGUUUCUCUGUGAAAAUCUCUAUUUAUAUUGCAUUUUUAUGAUUUGUAUCAGUAUGUGUAGCAAAGAAACUACUACAAACCUUCAACUGAAGUACCUCCACUAUGGUCCAGGACCCCAGACCUGGGUGUUUGAGUGCUGGAUGCCCAGAGAAAGGGUCCAGAUGUUUGUAUUGCUUUGGGUUCUGUGUAAAUAAGGGUAUUUAUAACCUUGGAUUCCCAGAGUCAUCAUGAGAAAUGCUUCUUUCCUGCUUUAGGAGCCUGCUCAGCUAUUUUUAUAUAAAACGUUGGUCUUCGCCUUAAUUUUUUUUUUUUUGGUGAAAAGUUGUGCCAUAGAUAUUUUAACUUAUCCACAGAUACUUUGCAGAGUUUGCUUUGACUUCUCUUUACUUCACUAAUUUUUUUUCCUCCAGUUAUUUGAAUUUGUUUCCUCCUCCAAAUGCAUCUCAAGGUUGGUUUGCUUUCUUAAUUUUGUUUGGUUUUUUGGUUUGUUUUUGUUUGGUUUUUUUUCAAGUUUUGGAGGAUCCUUUCAUCUGCAUGCUUUGGUAGGUCGAGUUUUUCCUCUGUAGUUUAUUGUUUAUAGUUUAGACAAACCUUUUCUUGAACAAAAAGCCUGAAGUAAUGCUUGUACAAAUGUAUUUAGGGUGGCCCAGAUGGUCAGAGAAAAGGGCUAUUUAGCGUUGGCAAAUUUGUCUGCCAGACUCAAGGAUAUUUUUCUACGUCUGUCAAGUUUGGGACUAUGGAGAAAUGAAAUAAAGGUGAACUAACUCCUUUUCCUAUAUGAA